AUGGAAAACGACUGUGAAGCGAAAGUAACACCUAGUACUCAACCAUACGAUACUCUUUCGGAAUCUCCAUCGACCAAAACAAAAACAAAUCUUCAAAACACCGAAGCAAUUGUUUGCAAUGCACGAACAAUAUUCUAUGCAUGCCCCUUUGUUCUGUUAGCAUUACUUAUUCUUCUCGGGAUACCAUUAUUACAAAUUAUUAUUGGUAGUUUGUGUAAGAAUGAAUGUCCCGUCAAUCCUCUUAUUCCAGUAUAUCUUCUUGUCAUGGGUGUUGCUACGUUAACUCUAAUAUCAACUGUGAUUCUAGCGGUGACUGUGAAGAAAUUAUCUUUUUUGUUUUAUUUAAGCAUUCUAUUGGCUUUAUUAAUGUUUGGCUGGUGCAUAACAGGCACUGUCUGGAUAUUUAAAAGUCAAGGCAAAGCUCAGUUUUAUUAUCCUAAUCAACGAAGUACUUAUUGUCAAUAUUCAGUUUUUAAUGGUGCUCGAGUACUAAGCUAUAUGAAUUAUUUUUAUCUGACCGGUUUGCUAUCCCUAUUCUCGAAACGUUCGAACCAAUAA